CGCAGUAUUCCUGUGAAACGAGAACGAGUCCCGGCACCCCCCCGACUACCACUCACGAAAUCGCGGCAACUGCAAAUUGUUGAUCCUGGAAAAAUCGAUUAGUUUCGUAAAAAUAUGAAGACAGUUAUAUAAAUAAUAAACAUCAGGAUGAAUGACACUCUAUGCAAAUUAAUGUACCAAGGAUUUAAUGAUACCGAAGAUUACUGUGGUCCAGCAUUCGACAACAUGCUUUGCUGGGAACCGACGGCGUCUGGAAACAUUUCGUAUCAGAAAUGUCCUAUACACAAAGGGUUCAGCCAGAAGAAACAUGCAUGGCGAAAGUGCAACGAGAAUGGCACUUGGUUCAAUAAUUACAAACCGGAACUGACCGAAAGAGGCUAUACUAAUUACAGCGGUUGUCUCAAACCAUUAGUAAUGGAGUUAUAUAAUAUGUGUGAUCAAAUGGGAAUGGACACCUGCAUGAAGGUCGCCGGCAUUGCAAGGGAAAUUGAAAUGGUCGGAUUAAGCUUAUCGCUUAUAUUCAUAAUAGUCGCUUUAAUUAUAUUUUAUACGCACAGCAUAUUGAAAAACAACAGAACGAAAAUACACAAAAAUUUGUUCAUCGCUACCGCAAUCCAAGUUGUCGUUAGACUAAUAAUUUACGUGGAUCAACGUCUAGCGUCCAGCUUCAUGGAACGUGUAGACUAUCUCUGCGAGGCUUUUUACAUUCUUUUAGAGUUUAGUAAAACGGCCACAAUCAUGUGGACUUUCAUUGAAGGGCUCUACCUUCACAACGCAAUAACUUUUACAGUAUUUCAAGAGCAUUCUUACAUAAAAAUAUACUAUUACAUGGGCUGGAUUGUUCCACAGAUACUCACAUUUAUAUGGAUCAUAGCAAUGAACUACGUGGAAACUGAUGAAUGUUGGUAUUUGUACAAUUUCCUUCCGGUUUACUGGAUCCUGGAGGGUCCGAGGAAUGCGUUCAUCGUGGUUAAUCUAUUAUUCUUGUUGAAUAUAAUUCGAAUAUUGGUAUUGAAACUCAGGAAGAGCGAACUGGGCGAAAUACAACAAAUCAGGAAGGCUGUGAGGGCUGCGAUAUUCCUUGUUCCUCUAAUGGGAACAUCGAAUAUCCUAUUUCUCAUAGACUACAGAACUUUCAAGGAUUCCAGGAAAUUUGCAAUUUGGUCCUACACCACGUACUUUUUAAUCUCUUUUCAAGGAUUCUUCAUCGCUACUCUCUAUUGUCUGCUGAAUGGAGAGGUCCGAAAUGCUGUCAAAAAUAGUUUGUCCUUGUACAUGUCGUUGAGAAACCAUAGACGUCAUCACAAGAAUUCAUCUGUCGAGAUGGGAAUGCCUGGAAUAGAUCUUAAAAUAAGAAACCACAACAAGUCAACAUUUCUUAUGAGAUCAAGAAAUAUGAAUCAUAGUACUGAGACACAAAUCUGAAAAGAAACGUUUUUCG